AUGGAUGAAGACGAUUUCACUAUGCCAGCUCCGGAAGAACCUCCUUACAUGCCUGAAAAAUGGCCUGGAAAAGUUUGUGCUUUAUGUAAUUUGAGCGAACGUAGUCAACUUGGACAAGGAGAAAUGAGACAAUUUUUAUGCAAUGUUGGUGAGGGUGAUGGUAGUGUGACCCCUGGUGUAUCCAACUCUGGUGGAGCAACUCCCACUGGAAUUCCCACACCAACCAGCACCCCUACAACCCCAGUGCCUCCAGGACUAGCUUCACCACCACCCGAGUUCAUGGACACUAAUCCACCACAAGCAGCUUUGCCUUUGAGUAGACGACAAAAAGCAUUCAACAAGUGCAAGACUCCUAUCUACAACUUGGAACAUACUGACGAAUUAUCAAUAAUUGGCCACGUCGAAGUUAUGGAGCUAAGUGGAGUAGUAUCGUCUGGAGCAUUUUACGUUCAUCGUUGUUGUCUUGAGUUUAGCCCUCCAUUUCAAGACCAAGUCGCGGCAGCCUCUAAUUCCGACGAAGAUAAGGAACAAUUGGAGGAAGCUAGGAUUAGAGGAAUAGUGACUGUUGCUCUCUCAAGGAAGUGUGCCUUCUGUAUGAGACAUGGUGCUAGUAUUCCUUGUAAAGUGAGUUGUUUGACAUUUUUUGUGAAGUUUCAUCUUCUUAAUACAUAUAAACAGCUAUAUUUUUUUGUUAAUAGAUGA